AUGAAGAAAAUGAGAAAAUACUCAGGAGCAACCGGAUUGAAAGCCGUACCAAAUAUUCCUACAACGUUUGUACCAAGAGGUUCUCCGCAUUUUGUUGCCGCGCUCAGCGGUAGGGGUCAAGAAUAUCCACUACGGAAGACAUCUGUUUAUAAGAACGCUUCUUCUACUAAUCAACUGAAAAAGCAUAGCACAGUUUGCCGACCUAAUCUGCCAAUAAUUCAGGUCACUAUGGAGGAGAAAGAGGGCAAAGAUGCCAGGAACGUACAGAGAAAAGUGUCGUCUUCAUUUGCUCCUACACGUGUCGAACUAGGUUCUCUUGAAAUAAGCGAGAGGUGUAAUACAGCUUCUCAAGCGAAUGAAAAACAGCGAAAGACGUCGGUAAAGGAAAGAAUUGUAGUUGGUGAGACUCCACUAGGGAAAGACGUUGUUUUUCGCAGGAAAAUUUCCAAUACAGCGACUCCAAAAAUUACUAAAGCUGAGGAGAAGGAACGGUUGUUGAUGAAGUAUACACCACUUAACAAUGAGACAAUGAAUGUAGGCCAAUACAACAAAAAACAAAUAAAAAAAUUGUACUUUAGUAGGUACAAUAUUUCGAUGGAAGUCAGAAAAACUGCUGAACUUUUACCGUCACUGUCAAAGGAGAGAAAAACUAGGGGAACAAUCCUCUCGGAUUGGAUUGCUCGAGGUAGAACGCAAAGCCUCAAUUUUGAUUCUGGAAAGGCUGAAGCAAGGAAGAAGGCUUUUCGAGGAGACCCGUCCGCAGAUGCAAAUUCUAGGGACCGAGCGCAAAGCUUGAACUUUGAAAUACGGAGAUGUGAGAGUAGUGCUGGGUCUACUAAAAUAAGACAACCCAAGGACAGAAAGAAAGGAUUACACGAUAUAACAAGAGAGUUGAGGAAACAAAACUCGCCUCACAACACAGCAGAGACAAAAGAAUCUGCAAUUAAACCCAGUGGUUUGCCUUCAACGUUACUAGUUCCUUUUUCACAAAGCGCCAUCGUGGUAAAUACUUUUGAAGGAAAGCACUCACCUGUACGAGACAAUCUGGACAUCAAACCAUCUCGCAAAGAAUCUCAGGAUAGAAACGCUUUUCUAACGUUUCCUUCUUUAAGGGGGACAUCUUGGACAGGGGACUUAUAG